GGACCGUGGUUCUAGACUGGGUCCCGUCGCCUCGUUGGCCUCACCGAUCAGAAAAGCGCCCACCCAAAGACCCACCAGUUGCUGCAGAAAUGGCCUUUCAAACCGAAUUGGACUCUUUCGGUCUCCAGCAAGACAUGUCCGAUCCCUCGAUGGGUUUGUAUCCAGAUGCUCCAUCCCUCGACAUGACGUCCAUGCCUCCCACGACCUUCGCUGAUAUGAUGAACGCUGUAACGCCAUCUCAUAUGAAGCAAGAGUCCAGCAAGGCUGACUCGAAUGAGAACAUCCUUGCCAACAGCGUGGGAGGCGGACCCUUGCCAAUUGGGUUUCAAUCUCAAAACCUCCAUGGCUCGAGUAGUAGCCUGACCGAAUUCACCAAAAGGCGCAACUGGUCUCAACGUGUCCUCGAAGAACUCAAGGACCUGAUGUAUAUUCUGACCCCUGACGGCCAGAUACUCUACAUGUCACCAUCCGCCAAGUUCCUCACUGGGUAUAAUCCUGCAGAUCUCGUGGGCAAGUCCAUCUUUGAAUUCGUCCAUCCGGAUGAUUCGGCAUUAUUCAUACGUGAGUUCAACGAGAGCAUUGCUACUGGAAAUCCUCUGCGGUUCUACCAUCGAUUCCGGACGGCGGAAGACAAAUAUCGGAUCUUUGAAUGUCACGGUCAUCCGCAUCUUACCAACGAGGCCACACCGCUGGAACGGACUGGCACACCCGUAGGACCAGCUGGGAUAUGUAGAGGCUUCUUCAUGAUGGCGCGCCCUUAUCCAAGCAGGAAUGCAGAGCUCCUCGAUUCUUUUCUGGAGCACAAGACCGAGAACAUCCGACUACAAGCGAGGAUAGCAGCGCUGAAAAGGGAAGAGGCUGAGGAUGCCGACGCUCAGCAAGAGCACUACCACAAGCAAGCAGGAGCUUCAAGUUCGCGAACACCCUCGGUUUCGAACGAAAUCAGUCCCGCAUCACCUUCCGUGCAUUCAAUUACCGACUACCAGGCCAUGCCACCACCCGCCAAGCCUACCGUGUCCAACAUCGCGCUGACACGCGAGGCACUGGACGAAGCCAACUCGUUCGCAAGACCGGAUAGCAUCAGAGACAAGAUGGCACGUUACGAAGGCUCUUCGCACGUCGACUCGAUCGAAAUGUUCACCGGUCUUAGGUAUCGCGAGGGUGAAAGAUCUCAGGGAAUAUCAACAGGCGGGACAUCCCCGGCGCUGAUACGAGGCGAUGCCGGCAUCCACAUCCCCAUCGACAAAGCCGAUGCUCGAUACUCGGCAUACUCAGACAAGAAACAUAAAAAAGUCAAAUCCGCCGACGAAUACGUGUGUACUGAUUGUGGAACGCUCGACAGUCCAGAAUGGAGAAAAGGACCGAACGGCCCCAAGACUCUAUGUAACGCCUGCGGUCUGCGGUGGGCAAAGAAAGAGAAGAAGAAGGGUGGUCCCAUGGGCACAGAUGGAGGGUCGACGAAUGCAAAUUCCGGUGCGACCAUUACUGGAAACGAUGUCCGAGAGUCAGGCUCGAAUGACUAAAUGAAGAUGAGUCGUACUGAACCUCGUACGGAGGUCUUAUUUACAAGUUUCGGUGACUCGAUGACUUGAAAAGCAUCCAGCACAACGCUGAAUGUGUCCUACAUAUCCAUGCUUGUCAGACUGGAUGAUCAUGCUAUAUUUCUGAGCUACUCUCUCCCGCCGACAGUCUGCAGACAUCCCAACUCACGACGGAGUUCAAACAGCUUCGGGACGUGCAGGCAAAGGUUUUCGACUUUUCUCACAAGGAAGAAAGG